AUGGAGAAGCAGCCGCCGCCGCCGGUGCGCCCGCCAGUGAACACAGCCUUGUCGGGCAGCCCACACCCCGGCGCCCCCUCCGCGGCCGGCACGCCUGGCGGGACUUCCUCUGCGGCGACGGCGGCGGCCGUGCUCUCCUUCAGCACCGCGUCGGCCGCGGCGCUGGGGAACCAGAGCGGCGGGAGCAGGGGCGACAGCACUGGCGCCUCGGCUGGCGGCGGCCUCGGCGGGCGCGGCGCGGCGGGGAGGCCACCGCCGGGCCCCGCGGCGGCGCCGCUGCUAUCUCAGGGGACGGCGGUGGCGGCCCAGGCGCUCGUCCUCCUGCUCAUCUUCCUGCUGUCUAGCCUGGACAACUGCGCGGUGAUGGGGGUGAUCGUGAAGCACCGGCAGCUCCGCACCGUCACCAACGCGUCCAUCCUGUCCCUGUCUCUGUCGGAUCUGCUCACGGCGCUGCUCUGCCUGCCAGCCGCCUUCCUGGACCUCUUCACGCCGCCCGAGGGCCCGGCGCCCGCCGCCGCCGCGGGGCCCUGGCGCGGCUUUUGCGCCGCCAGCCGCUUCUUCAGCUGGUGCUUCGGGAUCGUGUCCACGCUCAGCGUGGCCCUCAUCUCGCUGGACCGCUACUGCGCCAUCGUGCGGCCGCCGCGGGAGAAGAUCGGGCGCCGCCGCGCGCUGCAGCUGCUGGCCGGCGCCUGGCUGGCGGCGCUGGGCUUCUCCUUGCCCUGGGAGCUGCUCCGUGCUACCUGGGAGUCCCCGGCGGCGCAGAGCUUCCACGGCUACCUGUACCGGACGUCCCCGGACCCCGCGCAACUGGGCGCGGCCUACAGCGUGGGGUUGGUGGUGGCCUGCUACCUGCUGCCCUUCCUGCUCAUGUGCUUCUGCCACUACCACGUCUGCAGGACCGUGCGCCUGUCGGACUUGCGCGUGCGGCCCCUGACCACCUACGCGCGCGUGCUGCGCUCCUUCAGCGGCGUGCGCACGGCCACCGCAGUGCUCAUCAUGCUUGUCUUCGUCAUCUGCUGCUGGGGGCCCUACUGCUUCCUGGUGCUGCUGACCGCGGCCCGGCAGGCCCAAGCCAUGCAGGCUCCCUCGCUCCUCAACGUGGUGGCCGUCCGGCUGACCUGGGCCAAUGGGGUCAUCAACCCUGUCAUCUAUGCCAUUCGCAACCCAAACAUUUCGAUGCUCCUAGGGCGCAACCGGGAAGAGGGCUACCGGACUAGGAACACGGACGUUUUCCUGCACCAGGGCCCGGCUCUGCCGGCUAGAAGCCGCAAUCCCCUUCGAAACCGCUAUAGCAACGGCCUGGGGGCCUGCAGCAGGAUGUCCUCUUCCAACCCGACCAGCGUGGUGGGAGGGGACGUGGCCAUGUGGGCUCGCAAAAAUCCAGUUGUGCUUUUCUGCCUGGAGGGGCCACCAGAUCCUGUGACAGCAGCAGCUAAACAGCCUAAAUCCGAAGCCGGGGAUACCAGCCUCUAA